CCGGCUGGCCCCGCUGCCCGCCCGCCCAUGCCGCGGAAAGCGCUGCGCUGCGUCCUGCAGCUGGAGCUCCGCUCGAUAACUUGUCCUGGAGUGCAGCUGAAAGACAAACAAGAACUUUAUCUGAGUGUCUUUGUACUUGGCCAGUACCACAAAACUGAAUGUGUCCCUGCAGUGUUCCCACUGUUCUUUCAAGAAAGACUACUAUUUGAAAAGGAAUUUGCUAAUAUAGUUGAUCCUGGAGACCUUGUGAAGUUACUGGAGUUUGACACAACAGUACUUGAACUAAUACAGCUCGUUCCUCCAGUGGGAAAAGUUCUAGCUACAUAUGAAGAAAAUACAAGAGAUUUCCUGUUCCCUGACCCUAAGCUUACCCAUGGGCUCCGUGGCUUGCAGCGUGAGGUUUUAAUGAAGAGGUCCCCGUCUUUCACAGGAAUUGCACCAAAAUUGAGAUUUUCUACAACCUGCCUUAUUUCAGACAGUCUGUUAAUCUUAGGACGGAGUCACAUACAGACUGAGAGGCGCUGGGUGCAUCAUCCAGCCCUGAGUGGAAGAAUGCCCUCAAAGCUGGCCAGGAAGAGCCCUCCCUCAGCAGGGCAGAGCUCGGCGCUGCGGAGCUACGAGCAGCCCACCAUCGCCUCCAAGUCGCGCUCGCCGUCGCCGUACACCAAGCGCCGCAUGUGCGAGCUGUCCGAGGAGGCCAGGCAGAGGCUGUCCCACCUGAACCUGGGCCCUCACGAGUUCAGGAGAGACACUGACAAACCUCCCUUUGUCAUCAGACGGGUUCGUGUUGGCUCCCAGGUUGGACAACCAAGUCCUGGUGCUAAACUUCAUUCCUUGUGUUCCCUGCGAGAAAGCACAGCAGAAGCCUGGCCCAAGGCACCCCAUGAUCCUCCUCCUCUCAACAGCUACAGACCCAAGAAAACUGAAGCAAAAUCUACCAGUGGAAAAGGCUUGGACAGUUCUGCUGUUUGCAAGGAGGAUGUGAGCCCAGAUCCACCCAACAGAGAGUCCCAUUCUGCUGCUUCUUUGGAGUGUUCAGCUCCUCCAGCAGCUCAGGAGUCUCUGAGUUCUGUGCUGAGUCGAUCUUCCCUGAGGGAAAGAUUUGGCACUGGUUGGCCUUCACCAGCAAAUAUUGAUGAGAUCCAUAAAAGAGUGAAAAAUAUUUUAAGAACACACAGAGCUAGACAGCGCCUCAUAUUUGAUGAUUUGCCUCAGACAAGAGAACCUACAGAUAAUAAGCCCUUAACUGUGAGUGAGCUGCGGAGCAGUUCUCCAGUGCAGCAGAGCACUCCUGUUCUCUUGGACAGUGGUGAACGUUGGCCUGGUCCUGCAGCUGUGUACAAAGAGAAGCCUCACAGAGCAAUCUUGGAGGACAGUCUUGCAAAAAUAUAUCGAGAGAUGUAUGAAAAAACUGCUGGUGGUGUUUCAGAUCACAAAAAACAUUCCUGAAAGUAACUCACCUGAAAAUGCAUAGUAUAUAGUAUUUGAAACUAAACCUAU